GAGGAGCGCACUGGGCCGUUCGAUCCAGUCACAACGUCUUACGCGCACGCAAGCAAUGCCAUAUUGGCGAUAUGGCAUUCCCGAGCCUUAUACACCCUUCGUAAUGAGCACUGGAUGAUUCAAGCCAGUUCAGUCUGCGCUUUUCGCGUAUUAUUAGGCAUAGACUCUAGCCCGAUCCAACUUGAGACGUUCGUCAAGGCGUGUCAAGCGUUGGCCGAGCUAAGGGAGUCGUUUCCGGUCGCUAAGGACGUCAUAUUAUCAAUAGAA